AUGGCAAGCUCUGAUGACGGUCGCACCGAUGGCGGUCGAAGUUGGAGUCUGACGCCGCUCAUUCACAAGGCCGAACAUCAUCAUCGACGUAUACCAGGAAUUCGAAAGAUUCCCUUGCGGGCUAUCGGAAUCAUUAUGUUGAUCGCACUUGUUAACAUCAUUGUCUGGGUUGCGGCAGCCAUUGUAUUGCGCUAUCACCCCAAGUUGGUGUCUACUGCUGUCCUCGCCUAUACUCUCGGACUGCGCCAUGCCUUUGAUGCAGAUCACAUCUCGGCGAUUGACUUGAUGACUCGGAGACUGCUUGCCACUGGGCAGAAGCCAGUCACUGUGGGCACUUUCUUCUCACUCGGUCACUCCACGAUUGUGAUCAUCACCUCAAUUGUGGUGGCUGCUACUGCUGCCGCCGUCUCUUCCAAGUUUGACAGUUUCAGUCGGAUCGGCGGUAUUAUCGGCAGUUCCGUCAGUGCCGCGUUCCUGAUCUUGCUCGGCAUUAUGAACGCAUACAUCCUGUACAAAUUAAUCAAGCAGAUGAAAAAAGUCUAUGCGUUGCCGGAGGGUCAUGAGGACGAAGCGUGGAAAAUUGAAGGUGGUGGCAUUCUCUUCUCCGUGUUGAAGAAGAUGUUCAAAUUGAUCGAUCGGCCGUGGAAAAUGUACCCCUUGGGCAUUCUCUUUGGACUUGGCUUCGACACAUCUUCAGAGAUUGCUUUGCUUGGUAUAUCUUCAGUAGAGGCAGCCAAAGGCAACUCGUUUUGGGUCAUCUUGAUUCUUCCAGCCCUGUUCACCGCGGGAAUGUGUCUGCUUGACACAAUUGAUGGCGCGCUCAUGUUCUCCCUUUACAUCCAGCCAUCUGCAAACUUCCUCCCCUCUAAGCAGACAGACUCCGUAUCCGAAGUGUCUGCUGACACUGACGAGGAUCAGUUACCUCAGUCUCAGGACAAUCAUCGCGAUCCCGUUGCAUUCCUGUACUACUCAAUCGUUCUCACUACGCUGACCGUCAUCGUGGCCAUUGUUAUCGGAGUCAUCCAGCUCCUCACAAUGAUCUUGAAUGUGACCAAUGCAACGGGCAAGUUCUGGGACGGUGUGCAAACCGCCGGGGACUACUAUGAUGUGAUCGGUGGAUCCAUUUGCGGCUGUUUCAUUAUCUUUGGUGGACUAAGCGUGCUGCUUUUCAAGCCGUGGAAACGGUGGAUGGGCCGUCGCCACAAGAGACCGGUCACUCAAGAUGAGGUGCAUAGUCCCACUGUGCUCUCACAGUCUGGAGAGGACGAAUACAUUGUCCAUGAAGCUGGAGGUCAUGGUAAGCCAUUAUCACGCGAGGUCGGGAAGGGUGCGGCAGCGGAGGUAGCUAUCAAGGAAACCAACGAUCACCGUGGUGGAGACGAAAUUGUCUGA